GCCGGCUUCACAGCGAACAGUUUAAUAACAAACCUCUCGAGACACGCUCUCUGCGAUACUUAAGUAAUUCAACGCGAAUUCAAAACCAAAAACUAAAUAUGUCUGAAGCCUUCUUCGACGAAUACGACCACUAUAACUUCGACCACGGCAAACACAUCUUUACCGGUCACGGCGGCAAGCAGCGCACAAAGAAGGAGGUGAACGAACACACCAACCACUUCGACCCGUCCGGACAUUCCAGAAAAAUCGUUACCAAGCUGCACAACACCGAGAGCAACAAAAAAGGUGGCAGUAAACACUAGUGAACAUGGAUAUGAUAUCGACUGAGAUACUGGCAUGC